UGACAGAGGUAUCAUUGUUUCAGGAGUGGCCACCUGUCGGUCGCAUUCUAAAAUAUACAUACACAGGAACAGUUCGAGAGUUCUCAAGUUUAAACAACCCGGAAAUUAUAGAUAGGGAGAAAAUACAUGGAAUUUACAGAUACGGAAAAAGAGAGAUUAUGCAAUGAAUGCUGUUUCAACCCCUUCAGACUGUUCUACUACUGCGGUGUUUAAAGCUGACGACUGCAUUCCGGAAGAUUGAAAGACAUGGCCACGAACACAGCACAAGAUUUCGAUCGAUGCACCACGAACAUAGCACAAGAUUUCGAUCGGUGCACUACGAACACAGCACAAGAUGUCGUUCGGUGCAGCAUAUGUAAGGAAGUCGUCGCCUUUCUAUGCGGGAGUUGUAAUAUUAACCUCUGCGGGCAGUGUGUACAGACACAUCUAAACAAAAACAAAUCUUUGAAGCAUGAAAUUUUACCAUACACCUCAGAAUCUGUCAAACCGAAAUCAGAGGCAUCAGAUUGUAAGGACCAUCCCGGAAAAUCUCGUCACCUUUACUGUCAGGACUGUAACGUCCCGAUCUGUUCGCUGUGCCUGACUGCAAAUCACAAACGACAUGGAGCAGUGGAAUUGUCGGAGAUUUUGGGAAAAACCCGGAGCAUUGUCACAGAAGAUUUGAAAGAAUUGCAUCAUUUUGAAAGAGAGUAUUCGAUGAUUGUCGAAGAUCGGGAUAUAAAAAUCAAGAAAUACACCGAGCAAAGCAUUCAAGAAAAGAGUUCUCUCAAAACCAUAGGACAAAUCUGGCACGACAUCAUUGAUAAAGCAAUAGAAACAAUUGAACACGAACUGACUGAUAUGGUCAAUGAAGAUCUUCAGAUUUUACGAGUCGAAAAAGACAAAGUGCAGAAUUUAUAUCAAAUAAUAAAAGGUUGUAUUGAGCAAAACGAACAUAUCUUGAAAGAAGAAAAAUCCUUGAAGAUGCUUGAGUACAAAUCAAUCGUAGAAGAAUUACGGCUUGUACCAUCUAUGAGAGACGUAAGACCACCCAUACUGACUUUGCCAGACGUGAAAAAAGAAGAAUUCAUUGAAAAGAUUGUGUCUCUCCAGUCAUCUGUACACUCAACACUUCCAGGUUUUACCAUAAGUAAAACGGGCGAUGUUACCAUGGUUUCAACACAAAUGAUGAUGGAAGAGCCAGUUGUUCUUGAUGUUCUCCCAACAAAGUGUAAAAAAAUUAAAGGAAUCUGCUGCGAGUCCACGGAAAAGGUUUGGAUUUAUGGAGAUGACGAAAAGAUUAAACAACUAGACAGAUCGGGUUCUACUUUGAAAUGCUUCAGUGCCGCAACUGGAAACAGUCAGAAAGAUAUAGCGAUGAAUAAUGAUGGCAAUAUAGCAUUCUCUCACAAGGAAGAAACAUGCAUUUAUUUAGUAAACAAGACCAAGAUCGAGAAGUUUGUCGGUAUGUCCGACUGGAUACCGUAUGGCCUCUGCUUCAAUUCAGACGGAGAGUUGUUGGUGUGCAUGCGACGUAAUGAUUAUACAGAAAGCAAAGUGGGUUUAUUCACCAAGGAAAAAUUAAACAAAGAAUUCCAAUUUGAUGAAACUGGGAAACCAUUAUUUUCUGUCAGCCGAAACAAUAUGUAUAUUUGUGAAAACGGAAAUGGUGACAUCUGUGUUUCUGACUGGAACGCAUGCGCUGUGAUUUCGAUGAAAAAAUCCGGAGAAUUUCGCUUCCGUUAUACCGGAUGCCUAUCGCGCAGCUUCAAAGAGUUCUAUCCCCACGGGAUCGCAACGGACAGUUCCUGUCGUAUUCUGGUCGUAGAUCGAGAUAAUAAUUGCGUUCAUGUAACCGACAGAAACGGAAAGUUCUUACGGUACAUCACGUGUGGUUUGCAGGAUCCGUUUGUUUUGAGCUUGGAUGAAGAAGAAAAUCUUUGGGUCGGAGAAUGUGACAAUGACUGCAUCAAAAUCAUCAAGUAUCUUAAAAAGGUUAAUCUGAUUCCAGUGUCUCGGCGGGACAACAGCAGGGUAGUCUAUAAAGCCAUGAAUACCGCUCAAGAUGUUGUUCGCUGCAGUCAGUGUACAGAAGCUGUAACACAUCAUUGCAAGAUUUGUCAAAAAAAUCUCUGUCUACAAUGCAAAGAUGAACACAUCGAUAAAAGCAAAUCAACACCUCACGAAAUUAUCCCGUUCACGUCAAAGCAUCACGAGUGGCAGAAAUGUGUGGAUCACCCUACAGAACUAAAGACUUUUUACUGUCAAGACUGUAAAGUGCCAAUCUGUCAGUUGUGUCCGACUCGAAAUCACAAACGACAUGGUAUAGAGGUUUUGAAGGACAUUUGUGAAACUUCGCGGAUGACCAUCACAGGUGAUUUGAAGGAGUUAAAAAUCUUCCAGGUUGAAUAUUCAAAGAUCAUAAAAGGUCUGGAGGAGAAGGCCACUAUAUACACUGAGCAUACCAAUAACGAAAAUAGUUCACUCAUGAAAUUAGGAGAAGAAUUGCACAAAAUCGUCGAUAGGGAAAUAGAAAGAAUCCAAAAGCAGCUGGCCAACAUGGUUAAAGAAGACCUGCAGAUUUUGCAAGACAACAAAGACGAAAUGCAAGGUUCGUAUAAAAAAGUAAAAUAUUGUAUUGAAAGAAAUAAUAGGCUCCUAGAAGAGAACAACCCUAUUGAGAUGCUUGAGUACAAGUCGAGCGUAGAUGAAUUGCGACUUGUUCCAUCAAUGAAAGAUGUCAGCCCACCAAAACUUAUAAUGCCAAACAUUAAGGAAGAAAAAAUCAUUGAACAAGUUGUUUCUCUUAAACCGUCUGUUCAUUCCAUUCUUCCUGGAUUUACGAUAUUCAAAACAGGCGAUAUUUCUAUGGUAUCCACAAGAGUGUUAAUGACGGAACCAAGACUUAUUAAAGCUAUUUUCACCCAUGGUAAAAAAUUGAAAGGGAUCUGCUGCGAGUCGGACGACAAGGUUUGGGUCUAUGGAGAUGACGAAGAAAUAAAACAGCUAGACAACUCAGGUUCUAUAUUGAAUGUCUUCAAUGCCGUUUCUAAAGGCAUUCAGAAAGAUAUAGCGAUAAAUAAAGAUGGUCAUAUAGCAUUUGCCCACGAAGAAGAUGAAUGUAUUUAUCUCGUAAACAAGAAAGGGAUUGAGAAGUUUGUUGACAUGGCUGGGUGGAUUCCAUAUGGCCUAUGCUUCAAUUUAGAAGGAGAUUUGAUGGUAUGCAUGAGAACAAACAAUCAAGAGGAAAGCAAAGUAGGAGUGUUUGCCAACGGGAGUCUAAAACAAGAAAUUCAAUUCGACAACACAGGAAAACCUUUAUUUUUACCGGGUCGAAACAACAUGUACAUUUGCGAGAACGGAAAUGGUGACAUCUGUGUUUCUGACUGGAAUGCUCGGGCAGUGAUAGUAUUGAAAAAAUCUGGAGAAUUUCGCUUUCGUUACACUGGAUCUGAUUCGCCAAUUAUCAAAAAUUUCUAUCCCCACGGGAUCGCAACGGACAGUUGUUGUCGUAUCCUGGUCGCAGACCGCGAUAAUAACUGCGUUCGGGUAAUUGAUCGAAACGGAACAUUCUUACGAUACAUUAAAUGCGGUUUGAAGGAUCCGUAUGCUUUGUGCUUGGAUUCAGAAGAAAAUCUUUGGGUCGGAGAAUGCGACACCAACUGCAUCAAAAUCAUCAAGUAUCUUGAGUGAUUAAUGAUACAAACAUAUCUCAAUGAAGCAGUUCUGCGCAAUGGUUUUUUCUAAAUUGUUGUUAAAAAUUAAGUCUAUUUGGUUUUUUUUAACUUAUAAGUAUCUUAUGAUUAAAAAUAGGCGAAACAUAAACAUGUUCAUAAUAAGAAAAAACCCAUAACGAUGCCUGUAAGGGAAGACACAGUUUAAAAGGGUUAAAAAAUAAGAAGGUAUUAAACGGCUAUUUGAUGGAGAAGUUUUGAAAUUCAAUUGUACAUACACAUUAUUGCGCUCUCGAGCGCUAGCAACUACGUUAAUCUUCUUCAUUGGAAUACGCAUGCUCGACUCCAUAGUAAAGGAUUCUGGGACUACUGUACUACUGUAGAUAAACUGUACCAUUUGAAUUUCGUUUUUUUAUCUUCUCAAGAAGUUUUGUGUUCUAUUGUAAAUGUCAAAAAGUAACAGUAGCUUAGGUCUUAUAAAGCAAAGUUAUUUUAAAUAUUAUGAUGAAUAGCUAGCUUUAUUCCUUCAAGCUCGGAAAACAACCUCGGAUAAUGUUUUCCGAGCUUGCCGGAAAGGCCCGAGACAAUACGAUUGCUUCAAAACAGUACGAAUUGUUCUUUAAAAUUUUAAAUACAUAAUGAUUAAGGCACAGUCAAUGAGCUAUGCCAUUGCCGAUGUGAAGCCCACACUAGAUUCACAAUUCUAAAUUGAGACCCCACUCCAGCACAAUUUCAGUACACCACUGUGCUUUCCUAUUGUUAAUUAAUCGAUGCAGAAAUUUAAACCAAUGUUUUUAAAACCUGCUUCUGUGAUUUAUGAUGGUUACAGCGCUAGCUCACCAGUCUUUUUAAAAGAUAUGCUUGUCAAUCAAUCAUUUCAAUAGUAAAACAUUGAAAAAGUUAUCAUUCUUUUUCUUGAUAUUGAAACCUGCUACAUGUACAUCGAAAUAUCUGAAACAUGCUGCAUCAGAAUAAAUGAUAUAAACAUGCUUCAUAAGGAAAUGUCAGCAGACAAACCUUUGAUAUUCAAGAUAAUGUACAGGAAGAAAUCUUAAUACUGGAAAACAAGCGUGUCGUUCUAAUUCUAUUCAUGCAAGGGAGAUCUGAUUCUACUCUAUACAACAUACAUAUACACCUAACAAUUUUCCCCUGUUUCAGUUACCUGUUUUCAUUACGUCGUAAUCAAAUGUGAAGUAUUAUUUCGUAUAUAAAAUCAUUUUGUGAUUUUUUCAAUAUACUUGUACAUGUUUAUCUUGUAAUUUUAUCUUCUUCCUUGUUACCGUAUGCUUAAAUAACAUGUAAACAAUUUUAUAUGCUGUAACAAUGUUCAUUGAAAAAGCUGUAUAAAAAGCAGACAAGCCCGCCUACUAGGCAGUGGGAUAUACGUACAUCAUAUAAUAUUCAUAUGGCUUUUUGUAAUCCUUAUACUUAAAUAAAUAUUUUCCUUACUAUUAUUAAACUGAACAUAAACAAGAGUUAUUUAUUCACUGU